AUGAGCGAUAACGUAGUCAUAGGCCCGAGCUCACAGCCACACGAGCGCGAGGACACUGAACAGCUGCUGGAGCAGCCGGCAGGGCCGGCAACCGGGCGCGAGGCGUUCAAGACAAAGCUGCGGCGGCACCUAGACGUGGUGGCACGCCACUUCAAUAUACUUGACCGACUAUUCAAGCGACAGCCGGGCGCGGAGGCCGGGGUGCAGUUUGGCGCGCACGCAGACGGGGUGUUCAGCAACCUCACAGCCAAGCCGGACCGCGGGCACGAGGCGGUGGACGGUGACAAGCCUCCGACGUACGAUGAGGCGGCGGCCGAUGUGGUGCCGCCCUACUACGGCAUCGACGACGAGGGCGUGGCGUUGUACUAUAACGAGAUAUGUAUCGACGGGCUUCCGGUCGGUAACGCCGUGAACUUCCUCUGGAACUUGAUCAUCAGCGCGAGCUUCCAGUUUGUGGGCUUUCUGUUGACAUACAUCCUCCACACCUCGCAUGCGGCGCGCCAGGGCUCGCGCUUUGGCCUCGGCCUGACCUUCGCGGGAUACGGGUACAGCAUGAUUCCUAGCGACGUGACGAGCAAGGUCGGCAAGGACCGCGACAUCGCGCGCGUGGAGCUGGACGACCCCAACGAAUUCGAAGAUUCGCACCUGUACUCGCCGCUGGCGCAGCCGGCGCAGGACCGCUUCGAAUCACAGCUCUCGCACGGGCUGAUGGAAAAACGGCGCAGCAUUCCGGCGCUCGCGAUCGUGCUAGAGAUUUUGGGGCUUGCAAUUAUGUGCAAAAGCGUGUACGACUACAUUGUGGUCAAGCGCAUGGAGCGCCGCUUCCUUACUGCGAGCGACGGCGAGAGCCCCGCAUAG